AUGACAAACGCUGUUUUCACACUUUUAUACAAUCCCAAUUAUCUCGCUGGGGCUUUGGUUUUAGGGACAACCUUGAAAAAACUUUUAUCCAAUUCGGACACUACUUCUACUGUUCCUCCUCAUUACCGUGACACUAAGUUAGGAGUGCUAAUUGAUAAGUCUAAUUUCACCCCUUAUCAAUUGCAAUUAUUAUCAAACUAUUACGAUGAAUUGAUUGAUGUUUCCCCUUUAAAAUCCACCAUUUUUGGUAAAUUAACUUAUGACUUGAAAAGACCGGAAUUAGACAAAACAUUCACCAAGGUAAAAUUAUGGUCAUUACUUCAAUAUGAGAAGAUUUUGUAUUUAGAUUCCGAUACUUUACCUAUAAUACCAAUUGAAGAAAGCGGCGGGUCUAUAUUAGACUUGUUGGCUUUAGAUUUCCCCAAAUUUAAAGUCUUAGCAGCACCGGAUAGUGGGUUCCCGGAUAUAUUCAAUUCUGGUGUUUUUGUCUUGAAACCAAAUUUAGAUGAUUAUUCAAACUUGUCAGCAUUAGUUAGAGAAUCCGCAACAAACCCGGAUGUUUCCUUUGAUGGGGCCGAUCAAGGGUUAUUAAAUCAAUAUUUUAAUGCCAAACCGGAUUGGGUACAAAGUUUAUUGAAAAAGGAUAUCACAAAUAUAUCUGACAUAAACACUACACAAGAUUCCAAUUGGAUAAAGAUUCCAUUUUUAUACAAUGUGACACCAUCAGCAGAAUACGAAUAUUUACCAGCUUUUAAACACUUUCAACAACCUCCUUCCCAGCCUCCUCAAUAUGGACAACCACCUGCUCAAGCUGAAUUGGAAGACCAUGGUGGUGAGCAACCAACCCAAGAUGAAGAAAUCUGGAAAACAACUGUUGAAACUUUGGGUCGUUAUCAUUCUACUGCCUUGCUGUACAUUAACUAUAGAACUACUCAAGUGAAAUUAAUUCAUUUUAUUGGUCCUUUUAAGCCAUGGAAACUGAGUUCAUCCAUUACUGGGAUCCAUAAAGAUUGGUGGAAAAUUUGGAUUGAAGAAUUUGGUGAAAAAUCAGUACCGGAUGUUAUUUAUAGAGAGCAACACCCUAUACAAGAACCAGUUCCAGAAUCUACAUCUCAACAGGCUCAAACAGCUGGUGAUGAAUCUUCAUAUGAAGUUAAAGUUGUUGAAGAAUAUACUGAACCAAUAGCUCCACCUCCACUUGAUGUUUCUGAUCCAAAUACUUUGUUAGACCCAGCUAAUUAUCAACAAUUUGAAGAUAAUGUGCAACCAACAAUUGAUUCUAUGUGGGACCCAACUAGAGAACCACCUCCACAACAUGUGGAAUAUCAUGCUCCUGAAGGUUAUGAAAACUUUGAUCAAAGUUUGAAAUCAUUCACCAAUGAAUGGGACAAUCAAGAGCAUCACCAUCACCACCACCACCACCACCAUCAUGACGAGCCUCAUGAUCAACAUCAACACGAUGUCCACCAUGAACCUUCACCACCACCACAGCCUGCCCCAGAACAACAUUAUGAACCACCACCUCCAGUUUAUCAUGAAGAAUAUCAUCACCAUGAAGAACCUCACCACGAAGAAGAGUACCAUCAUCAUCAACAUCAUGAAGAAGAGCACCAUCAUCACGAAGAAUAUCAUCACAACGACGAACAUCACCAUCAUGAUGAAUCACAUCACCAACAUGAAGAACCUUUCCAUCAAGAGGAACCACAUUAUGAAGAACCACAUCAUGAGGAGCCUCACCAUGAAGAGCCACCGGUGUUCACCGAAUAUGUUCCCGAGGAAAGACCAGACUUAUAUGGUCAUAGAUACGUGAAACCAGAAAGAGUCUUUGAUAACAGUAAUGACUACUACCCAACGCAUCUUUUGCAAGAAUUAGAAAAGAUAGAUAUUUCCAAAGAUGCUGACAAUGGUAGUGGAAGUCAAUCGCCAAGCUCACGUGAUUUGGCCUCUGAGGUUACUAGUUUCAAUGAUAUGAAUGAAGAACUAUCCAAAGAAGGAAUCCUUGAAGAAACUGCUUUCGAUGAAGUUUAUGAUGAAGACAAAGAAGGUAUUGAAGAUGAUCCAGAUCUUACAUUGGAAGGUGAAGAUGAAGAAGAAAUUCCAAAGUUAUUCCCAUGGGAGUUUAGAAAUGAUGGUAAGGUCACCGAGAGAGUAUUUGAUUAUUAA